GGAGUUUCCUGAUACGCUGUAGCAGGCGUCAGUGCAUUUGGAAGCACGAGUUUGCUAGUUGUUUGUAGCUUUCUGGAGCAGGACGUCAUAUGAUUUAAUUUGGAGAGGAUUUAGCAGAUAGUAGGGCUACAGCAGUGUGAUACCAGCGUCACUCCGGUUUGUUUCAUAACUGAGCCAUGAUCUUCAGCCGUGUGGGUCCACAGCGGUUCCUAUAGUCUUCCCAGCGUCGUAUUGUAGGUGUCCUUGGUAAAGAUCUAAAUGGAUAAAACGUCCCAAAAAAUUUCGAACCAGGACAUAAACCCCUGUUUAGAAGAAAGUGAUGCCUCUCACAAGUGUUUGGACACCUACAACUAUGAUAGGAGCAAGUGCUCAGCUUACUUCCAGAGAUAUAAGAACUGCAGAAAAUAUUGGCAUAAUAUAAUGGUGCAGAGAAGAAGAGAUGGUAUUAAACCUGAAAUGCCCACAGCUGCGGAGAGACUGGAGAUGCUCAGUGCCGUUGGAGGAAAACCCUACUGACUGUCAAUAGUCACAAAGAUGCUAAGGACUCCAGGUCUGCACUGAGAGGUUGCUGGAGCACUGCAGUGACUGUGAGGAACAGCUACACUUUGAAGAGGAAAAUGGAAUAAAUGUCUGUUAUGCUCAGAGAAGACAUUAAAUUUGUUAUAUGAAACUGUC